AUGCGCAAGACAUCCUACGUUAUCGCGUUUUUCGCCGUCCUUGCCACGGUCAUUUUGAAUGGUUUCUCCAUCACCCGGCCAGACUGGCUCAUCGUGAACAACCCAGAAGUCCUCCACUCCAAGGUCACCGUCCAGUAUGGGCUCAACAAGCGGUGCGAUAGGCAAGUGAUCACCGUCCCCGGCCUCCCAGAGGGGAGCCGCCUCGCCUACACCGACUACAAGUGCCGCCCCUUCCCCAACCGCGUCGUCGACAACUGCGAGAAGGAGAACAAGACGUUCUGCAUGGUAUGGAGCACCGCGCACUACUUCGCCGAGCUCGGCAUUGGCUUCGGCGUCGUCGCGUGUCUCGCGCUCAUGUUCGGCGUGAGCACCCGCUCGAGGCGGAGGAGAAUCUGGAAGAUGGUUGCGUGGCUCGCAGCGUUCCAAGUUGCCUUCGAAGUCCUCGCCUUCGCUGUCGUGACCCACCUUUACCGCCUCUCCAUGUACCCGUCGUUCGAGCGGGCCCGUCCUGGUACCGCGUACGUCCUCAGCACCCUCUCCUGGAUCGUCGGUGUCCUGGCGACAGCGGGCAUCAUCACUACCGGCAUCUCUGCCACCAAGGGCCACCGCUGGGCUGCAGGCAAACGUGCAUACCGUCCGAUCCAGGGCUGA